AUGGGAUUGUGUAGGCGGUUUUGCUGCUCCAGGGGUCCCCUCCUGGUUCUCUUUCUGGCUUCGGCCGUCCCGCUGGGCGUGAUCUUCUCACUCGAGCGCACCAAGAACACCUCAGAGACCUUUGAGUACCGCAGCCGUGGCUGGAUCCGGGAGUGCGCCAAGUGGGACGCCGAUCGCCACCGCUUCCUCGUCUCCACCUUCUUCGACGGCGGCGUCGCCCAGAUCCCCCUCCCCGGAGGAGCGGCGGCGCCGCCAGACACCACCCUUGAAGAGCAAUCCGCCCUUCAUGACCCCGCCGUCGCCGGCAACGCCUCAGUCGGUAUUCUCGUCGACGCCCCGCGGCGGCGACUGCUGGUCGUUUACUCCGACUUGCUCCGCCACCGAUACUCCGCUCUCGCCGCCUACGAUCUCUCCUCCUGGCGCCGCCUGUUCCUCGCCCAGCUCAGCGGACCCAGUACGCCUUCCUUCCCUCUCUCUCUCUCUCUCGCUCGCUCGCUCUAUACUCACUUUCCCUCUUCUUCCCCGCAAAUUUUGCAGACGACGAGCCCUCCGACGCCGACGACGCCACCUUGGACGGAGAAGGCAACGCCUACGUGACCGACGCCAAGACGAACAAGCUCUGGAAGAUCGGCGCCGGCGGCGAGCUCCUGGGAGAGAUCAGAAGCUCGGUGUUCACCUAGAGCGGGGAUUGGUACCGAAACCAGGUGGGCUUAAACGGGAUCGUCUACCACCCAAAUGGGUACCUCCUGGUAGUACACACCUUUGGGGCCCAGCUCUUCAGAGUCGACCCAUCGACGGCGGGGGUGGAGGUGGUGCAAGUCACCGGUGGAUCGCUGCUUCUGGGGGACGGAUUGGAGCUGCUUUCGCCCACCAGGUUGGUCGUCGCCGGCACCCCUUCCGGGAGGUUUGUGGAGAGCGGCGACGACUGGAGGACGGCGGCCAUCGCUGAGAUCUACAGGGGGCCCAUGCACAGGAUCGCGUCCUCGGUGACGGUCAAGGACGGGAAGGUGUUCCUGAGCCACCUCAUCGGAGGGGGGUUGUCGGCGAGGACUCACUUGAUCACCGAGGCAGUCUUCUCUCCGGUGAAAGGCAAGCAACCUUGA